ACUUGCUUACAGACAACACUCACUACGGCACUGUCACAGGUGAGAAUGCACAGUGACAUCGACAGCACGUUUAGUUUCCCACAUCAUUAAGCUUUCGUCAUACAGGUGAAAGGACGAAGAGUUCAGUCUACCAUAGACCCGCAUCUUUGGAGAUACUGGUGGGUCAGCCUACAGACCAUUCGAAACUUCAUGUGCCAAACGGACACCUUGAAAUAGGCUACGACGCAAUGUUUGGGGUGAUGCAUCCAGGUAGGAAGUACUCGCCGACGCAGUACCUUACGGGAUUAUCACCCAUAACGGUAUCUACGGAGAACACCGUGCCAAAUUCGCAAAUCGACAAGGAAUUGGAAGAAAGUCCACAGAAAAUGCCCCCACCACAAAAUGGCAAGAAAGCGAAAGGAAUGCGAGCAAUAAAGAGGCGCCGUUCUCCAACUCGGAGUCUGGAGGUAGCUGAAGCGGCGGGCAAUCAACUGCACCAAGAGAAAGGAAUCAACCCUGCCGAGAGAGGAGGCGCAGCCCACCGCGGCAGAAAGAAAAGUUAUCGACCUCCUGACGUCAGGACGAUAUUUGAAUCCCCCGAGAAAGACCCCCGAGUUCCAGAGGAAAGGGGAGAAGGGCACGUUUUUUGUCCCGAUGUGUCGGGUGCGUGGUGCGACCUAUGCUGCGAGUACAUUUUCCAAAAUCGCCUUACGUGUGCAGGCUGUAAGUACACCUGCCACCCACAGUGCCGUAGCCGAGUGUCACUGGACUGCCACCAGGGUGGCCCGGCCACGCAGUCACAGGACCACCUGAACAACAACCGCAACUCAGCUGUGGAUGUGGAGAAAGAGAGGGAGCUCCGCACUCACCUCAGCCGGGAGGAGAUCAGCCACAAGGUGGAGCUGUACAACUCGGCCGUCAGGGACCACCUGAAAAUGACCCUGAACCCCAGUGGCCUCUACACGGGCUUCAUCAAGGUCCAGCUGGAGCUGCUGCGGCCAAUCACGGUGCGGGGCGGGGGCGGGGGCGGGCCCACCAGGAUGCACCCAAUCAACAACAACGGCGGUGAGGAGGCCUUCUACAUGCCCCGCGGCACCGUCAACACCCUGCACAUCAGCAGCUCCAACACGGUGCGCCAGGUCAUCGAGGCCCUGCUGCAGAAGUUCACCGUGGCCGACAACCCCGCCAAGUUCGCCCUGUUCAAGCGCUACCGCCGAGAGGAGCAAGUGUACGUGUGUAAACUGGCCGAAGAGGAACACCCCUUGUUCCUGCGUCUGGUGGCGGGGCCCAACACAGACUCCCUGAGCUUCGUCCUGAGGGAGCAGCAGACCGGCGAGGUCAUGUGGGACGCCUUCUCCAUCCCGGAGCUGCAUAACUUCCUGCGAAUCCUCAACAAGGAGGAGGACGACCAGGUGCAGGUCAUGACCAUGCGCUAUGCCAACUACAGAGAGAAGCUGCAGGAGGCGCUGCGGGCCACCGGGAAUCAUGGGUAACAGGCCCAUGCGGCGAGAGGGAGGAGGGCGAGAGAGUGCAGCGGGACCUGAGCACGUGUGUGGGCCACUCACAGGGACUUGAUGUGAGCAGCUUGCCGGACUGUGUCGCCGUGUGUGUAAUACACGGGAGGAACACCAGAGGGCGCUGUUGCUGUGGCGGACGGCCCUUCCACCACCUGAGACUUGUUUUUUUGGGAGCACCCGGAGCACUGGGAGGUGUUACCUUUGAGAUGUCACACGCCUUAUCCCGCAGCUUUAACUUUUACACAUGCACCCUCUCAUCUCUCCACUUCACUUCUCCAUUUACCUUUAUUUUAAUCGGUUACCUCUUAAACGUGAAUGAUUCAAGAGGGACGUUGAAUCUCUUUUAUAUCACUUUUAUUUAAUUGAUGGAAGCAAUGGUUUGUAAAUAUUUCUUUUUAUUAUUUUAAUUUAUAUGGUUGAAGCUUGUUUUACUUUCUUGGUUUUAUUUUAUUUUAUUUUGGGGAGGCAUGGAAGCAAUAUUUUAAUUUGGAGGGGGAGAAGACAUGCAGUUAUGUCUGAAUAAAGUCUGUGCAAAUUUUAAUGUGGAAUAUGGGCUUUCAAACGGGCAACAUGGGCUAAAGUUUCUCUUUGCAAGUGGGUUAGUAAAGUCGUCUGCCAUUUCAAUGAGAGAAUGCUGGAUAAGUCUGAAGACUUUUUCAAUCUGCUUCUGAUUAAAUUUCCCUGCAGCUAACAGAAUUCCAGCUAAAAUGGAAAGAUUGAGGAAGAUAUAACAUGCAGAUGACAAACUACUAAUGGGGAGAGAGAGAAAGCAAGAGCAUGGAACCUCUAAUAGAUGGUAAAACAGAGCUAGGCAUGAAACGGGUUUGUUUGGAUUAACGGUUGAGGUAAAAGAUGGCAAAGUGUUGGGUGGAUUAUUAAGCGGACUGACCCUUUAGACGUAGGGCUGUCAGUGAGGCAGAGGAUGUUUGGUGUGAGAGGUCGGUCAGUGCGGGGUUGAGGCAGCUGGGAGUGAGGCUGUGAGUAAUCUCUGUAUUAAUGACUGAAGCGCUGUGACCUCAUCUGUGUGUGGAGGUCAGUGAAGCUGAAUGCGUGGGACAAAUGGAUCAUGGGAAGUUGAUAGACUGGUGUAGAGAAAGUUGAAAUUAAAGGAGGCUGUAACGUCAACCCCCCCCCACACCAUAAGAAUCCUAAGCCUGUCCCUUAGUAGCAGGUGAAUGUGGGGGGGUUGGUUGGAGCGCACAUGUUUUGAAUCUGUUUUAUGUGUCUGCAUUAUCCUGUUACUCUCCAGUACCAGCUGCCUUUGAUCCCUAUUACUGUAACACAAGAUGUGUGACCACGGGGGAUGGAGCAGGCGUCAGUCAAAUGUGUGCGUCUGAGGGCCAGGCUGUAGAGCAGGUGACUGAAGGGAGGACACAUGAGCCUGAAGGAGAGGCCAACCAGGGCACUGCUGCAAGUACGCACCCCUGUAAUGCUCUGGCCCUGGUCUGUUGGACGGGCAAUCUGAUCUCUCUCCCCUUUUUCACAAGUUUAAUUGUAGUGGUGCAGGAACCAGAACUACGUGCUCCUCUGACCUCCAUUAUGUGGCUGCUGGCUGCAGGCAGAGAGAACUCCCCUUGCAUGUCCCAACUGCCCAGAUGUUUGCCACUCCCUCCUGGCCUUAGUGGGGUGGGGGGUGGGGGGGGUUUGGUCAUGCGAUUUAUACAGUCAUUCUUUCUCCACAGCCAGCGGAUGUACUCUGGUAUUUCUGUGUAUAGUAAAGACUUGCCCAGUCACUUUUAUAUAAAUUAUACAAAGUGCACUUUUGAGUAGACAAUCUAACAAUGGGAAAUGGACUUGAGAUGUCACAGCACUAUGCACCAAUUGUAAGUAAACCAGUAAGUUGCGCUAAAUGAAAGAUGCUCUCGUAUACUAAAGGUGAAAAUGCACGCGCUGGCAUUUCACUUCUUUCUGCUAGUACUGCAUGAUGAUUUUCUGACUGGUACUGCAUCAGUGUGUGUAGGCUGUAAACUUGCUUUACAAACUUUCUGUAGACGAUGCACAUUGUGGUUAUAUGGGGGCAUCUAGUGGAGGACUGCUGUAACUGCACAUUUUCUCAGCCAUUUUCAAUAGUCUUAACUAUUCUUGCCUGUGAAAAGUUGAGAAUCUGUUAAUGUUAUGUACUGUUAAUUUUGAUGGAAUUAUAUAACCAAAGACUUUGUGCAAAUGCACUCUAAUUUAAGGUGACAAGUUUUGCCUGGUGCAAGAAGUUGGAUGACCCACCAGCGUAAGGGUGGGUAUGCAGGCUUUUUCAAAGAUCUACCCAUGCUUGGCUUAUUUACUCUUAAAGCACUGGGUAGCCAAUAUAAAUUAUGUUUAAUUAUAAUUUAGCCAACUGUUAUUUCCCCCGUUGUUGAUGUAUGUCUUUUAAGCUAUUAAUAUAUUUGAAUAUGUUCUAUUAAAUAGUGGUGUGUGCAGUUUAAGUGCACUGGGAGUUGUGGACAGCUGCCACUCCUCUUGCGAAAGCAAAUGUAGAAAUUGCUUUAGUAUAUGAGACCCUCAUUCUAGAAAAUCUUGGGCACUUUAUUUCUUAAUUCAGGGACCCCCCUAUAUCCUGUAUGAGUAUGUCAUAACACACAGUUGGGUAGUGACAAUAUGGAUGGGUAUUUGUAUGCUGUCAUGAAUGCUAACAUUGUUUUUGUCUAAAACUUUUCAAAUUAUACCAAAAUAAAUCUCCCCUUUUUGGAUUUUAGUGAUAUCAAAGUUACACUGUGAAUAUAAUUGGUUUUAAGGACAGGGGGAUAUUCAUGAUUGCAUUUGUAUGGAUUUUAAAGUCAGAUUAAUCAUAUUAUAUUGCAUGCAUUAUAUCUACUAAUGCAUAUCCUGUGGAGCUGUUAAGGAAACACUUAGGCCAGUAUUGUCCCGAAAGAGAGAGGAAAUACUAAAGCAAGACCGUAUGAUAAGGAUGCUUUUCUAUUAUUUGCCAAAAAUCUCAAGGUUUCUUCUUGCUACGUACUAAAUUUGUACUGGUAAAGGGAAUCCACUGUGAUCGAAGCCAAAUGGCUUCUGCUUAGUUUCACACUGGGCUUAAAUAUGGGUUUAUCACUCAGAAAUAUGGCUGUGUGACUCGCUAAGGAGUGUUGUUUCAAAGAGAGCAAUUUUCUUCAAAAAUAUUACCUAGUUUCUGGUACUGCUGACAUUGAGAUGGUGAUGGUACAAGGAACGAUCUGUAAGGUUGGCUUGCAAGAAACAAGAAAUACCUAAAAUUUGUGAUACAGAGAUGUUGCUGUUCUAUUUAUACUGUUGAUGCGAGUUGAUGCAGAUUUAUUUUUGUAGGUAACUGAUAUUUCAUUUGAAAUUGUUACCAAAUAUGGCUUUUUGUAAAAGGCCUGGAUUCAUUUAUUAAACUUGUGAUUAAAAAUUA